AUGAGUUGCACGGACGAGGAGAAAGUGGAACUGGCAGCGUAUCAUCUCCGGGAUCAGGCAGUCACAUGGUGGGACAUGCAGAAGACGAUCUUUGGAGAGCAACGCAUCACAUGGACAAUGUUCCGAGAUGCGUUUGAGCGGCAAUAUUUCCCAGCGACCUUCUGUCUAGCUCGACGCCAGGAAUUUCUGAGUCUCAAGCAGGGCGACAGGUUAGUGAUGGAGUACAAUACUGAAUUCUGUAGGUUGGCAGAAUUUUGUCCUCACUUAGUGGCACAAGAUUAUGAUCGUAUACAGCAGUUCACUCAGGGUCUUGCAGCAUACAUUCGGAUCCAGAUGUCAGGAUUUCCAGGUAGUUCCUAUCGGGAGGUUCUACAUCGAGCACUAUUCAUAGAGAUGACUCAGCAGCAGGUAAAUCAGGAGAAAGGACAUGAUAAGCACUCGUCACAAAAGAGAGGGAAUAAAGGUCAGAGUUCUCAAGCUCCUUCCGGAGGAUCUUCUCGGCCUCAGAAGACUGGGCGAACAUCGGAUGGAGGUUCUCGUCCCCCUCAUCAUGAUCAGAAGAACUUUGGUGGGACCAGGUGUUUUCAGUGUGGGUCCAAGAGUCACACCAGGAACAGCUGCCCGUUGGAUCAUGCUAUAUGUUUCUACUGUAAACUUCCAGGGCAUGAGAGUCAGGAUUAUACUCUGAAAGCACAGUUGGAGGCUCCUAAAGUUACAUCUCAGGGGGAAUCAUCCUCUCAGUCACGUUCACAGAGGAGAUCGCAGAAGACUCAGAGUGCCCCAUGUCAGCAACGACCACAGCCUUCUCAGGGACAGAUAUAUCAUAUUCAGGGUCAGGAACCAGCGACUACUUAG